GAUAUCGUAUAGCGAACGGUGCGAGGUGAAAUUCGAUAGCGGCAGCAUCUGUAUUUCGUGCGCACGCAUGUGAAACUGUCCAAUCCGCUGAAAAUGGUUGAUAUUACCGUGAAGCUAAUUAUAUACCGGCUGAACGAAAGCUGGGUGCAUAUGGUGGAAUACUUUGACAACGUUCUGUACACAGAUGAAAGCAAAGAAAUGUUGAACAUCGUGAAUAUCAACUUUUUCGGAUGGUUUCUGUUCGCCAUCGUCAUAUUAGUCUUAGGAAAACUUCUAACGUUAUAUAGUUUUGAAAAGGCCAGUCCAAAUCAAACUAAAAGUAAUGAAAAAGAUGAGCUUACUAAAAGCGAGAAACAAGUCUCCGCCGGUGCCCCAGAACGUGUAUCAGAAGUAAACGGACCAUCAUCUAAACACGCGGUGGAAACGAGAGCGAUGGUGGCCAAGCUCGAGGGGAUAAAGCGUUUUGAUGGUGACCCAAAUCGACUUUACUGUAGUGUUCCUCAAACUCAUAGUCCAGAAACUCGAGGAUCGGAUCCAAACAGUGUAGACUGGAUCAACAGUUCUUUAAAUUGGGUGUACGCCCAGUGUAAUACGAAUUUACUCGUCGAAACUUGGUUGUGUGCUCUGAAUGAUAGGGCUAGAAGAGCGUCAGCCGAGAAUGGUGUUCUUGUAGAAUUUGAGAAUUUUCAACCUGGAAGUCUUCCUCCAAAGUUGACUGACCUAUCUACCUCUCCAGAACUGAACAAUAAUAUUAUAACCAUAUGUCGAGUGAAGAGUGAAGGGCUGAGAUUCAAAAUUCUUACUACUCGCAAAAUUGGACAAGAUAUGACUUCAGUUCAUUAUGACUUAAGCAUAGAAAGGCUAGAAGGAAAAUUGAAAGCAUUGGGUAACACAGAAGAACUCCUUUUCUUAGUCAGUUUUGUGGACAGACCAGACAUCAAGCUAACUUUAAAACCUUCUUAUGGAUCACCAAAGUUGCUCACACCAGAUCAGAGGUCUAUGGAAGAUGUUAUUGUGGACAUAAUUAUUAAUUCCAUAGCAACAGCUUCAGUAGAUUUCCAUUUUGUUAAACAGACAGACUUUCCCAAGUUCCAACGUAGAAAAAAGGGAAGAGAAUCUGGUGGACAUACAGAUCCAAGCAGACAUCCAUCAGCAAGACACGAACAGCGACUAUUGGUAAAGGUGAUUAAGGCUACUGGUCUCAGUGGUAAGAAAGGUUCUCACCAGCCCUACUGUGUCAUUGAGAUGGAUGAGCCAUCACAGAGAUUUCAAACAUCACCAGCAAAGAACACAAGCAAUCCUUUCUGGGAUGAGAACUUUCUUUUUAAUUUGAAAAAUACAUCAGCUGAAAUUCUCUUUGAGAUUUAUGACCGAGGGAAAGACAAUAAAGCAACAGAUAAGUUCCUGGGUCUUGGCAUAGUAGGAGUGAGAGAGAUAAUGAACAACCCAAGUCAGCGACAGAUCAUUCCUCUUCAGUCUCAACCAGUCACAGAUGGUGAUGUGACUGGUUCUCUCACAGUGGAGUUUCUCUUUAUGGAGGGAGCUGAGGUGCCUGUUACUGGUGAUGCUUAUGGAAAACGAACUGGAUUGGUUGAAACAAGCAGUCGGGUGACAGCAGGUGGCACUGUAAUCACUACCACUACAUUUAAAAAAGCAGAUGGCAUAGAAGUGCUGGAAGUGAAAGCUGAUUUUGUCGGUGAUCAUUCCUUAUCAAAAUAUAUAUGGAACCAGGAUUCCAAGACGUACCUAAAACUUAAUGAACCAGAACAGAAAACAGAAACAUCUUCAGAAUUCAUGAGUGCUAAUCUUGACGUAUCACAUCUAAUAACUCCUGAUAAUAAUCCUUCUUCACCUUCAGUAUAUCCUGUCACUACUGAGUGCUGUUCUGUUACAGAACCAGUUUCACAACCAAUAUGCAUAUCAGGAAAUGUGAAUACUAAUAAAUAUACAGACUCUUGGGUUGCAGAUAGUCUCCCACUAAUUAAGAAUAGAUUACUCGAAGAAAUAUUACUACAUAAUUUAUCUAAGAAGAACGAGUCAGACAGAGUCACUAGAGUUGUAGCACAAACAGAAGGUUCAACUAUUUUUUCAGAUGAACCUAGUUCUAUUUCUGAAACACACGACUCUGAAAAAGUGAAAAAUACGGUUAGCCAUUUGCCCUCAAUACCACCUCCUGUACAAUCUCCAUUAUUAAAUGAUGUACUUUCUCUACCAUUUUCUCCUCCACCUGCUCUUCAGGCAGGACACACAACCUAUUUUCCCUUUGAAAAUGAUUCUGAAGAUAAUUCCCUAAACGUCUGUGAUAAUACAAAUAACACAGACCCGCCAGAAGAGAAGUCAGUUGUCCCUUGCCAUCCACCAAAAGAACUUCCCGAGAUUUAUCUUUCCAAUCAUGAUUGUCAUGCUCAAGUUCUUCCAAGACAAACUGACUCUGUGGAAACAUUGACUGAUGCUGCACUACGAGAACUUGAAAGUCGUGAGAAAACGGGAAGUCCGAUUUCAGCUGACAAGAGUACUUUGAUAAUUCAUAGUGUACAUAGGGAAGUUAUCCGUCCAGUCCUGAAGGUAAAGUUGGACAAAAACGGCAGAUGGCGCGAAGCUUCUCAGCCUGAGGGAAUGGCAGAUAGUAGUACAACUUCACCUUCGAGCACUCUUUCCAAGAGCGGGAAUACUGCAACAGGAGAGAGUAUAUCGUCCUCCGCAAGUGAAAAAGAAGAAGCGGAAAGAGGAAGAACAAGAGAUCGAAAGUCUUUCAUUGGAACUUUAAGGAAGAGACUAAGCUUUCGAAAAAACCAGUCAAAGUCAGUGGAACAAAAGGCCAAGGGUGAAGAGAGUAUAAGUCGGGAAAGCAGUAGAAGUUUUUCCUCAGACCGAUCCAGAUCAGUUCCUGGCUCUCGGAUAAUGCCAUCCGAUAGACGUUCAGCUGGGGAUAGUCUGCUAGGUGUGCCAAACUUAAAUCGUGAAGGACACAGCAGUGCUCGAAGUAGCAUAAGUGAGGGUUCUGGCCUCAGUGCCUCGUCGUCACGUACUUAUAUACAUGAGAAAUCGACACUUGUGGUCGAAACCAAUGAGAAUGGUGUCUUAAAGCAUUACGUGGUUCCCUCAUCUCUUGCUAAUCGCAGCAAAUGGAGGAAGAAGGGUGUUAAGCUACAUAUAUACAAUGACCACAUUUUUGUUGCCAAACACUUACCUGGGUCGACUGUUUGUCAGUUGUGUGGGAAAAACCUCUCUCGUCGCCCUGGUAAGCAGGGCUAUCAUUGUAGAGAUUGUAACCUGAUAUGUCAUAAGAGCUGUCAUGUUCGAGUGGAAAGCUUCUGCCCUCACUCAACUAUCAACACCAUGGAUAUGGAAUAUGUACAAGACCCAAGAGCAAAAUCUAAAAGCAGCUGAUGAGUGAAAAGUAGACAGAAGGAUAAAGCAAUGAUUGUAGUGGUAAUUAAGACAGAGUAACUUUUAUUUUCAUGUGAAUAAUUUUGUUAUAAAAUCAAAGUCUUCAAUUUAAUUUUGAUGUUUUAUCAAUGAAAGUAAAACUGGACUAACUUUGUUUUUUGAACUUGUCUGCCAAAACUUGAAUAUUGAACUUUGGGACAGUUACUUUGAUAAAUUCAAGCACACUAUUCAUAAUUUUAGCUCUUUAAAAAUAGUUUAUCUGAAUAAACAUAAAAAUGAAGACUAAUUAAUUGUUUGUUUUCUUAUGGCUGAAAGACAAUUAAUUUUUAUAAUAUGCUUUAAGGAGUGAUUACAUCUUUUGACAAACCACAGUUUACUUUGUGUAAUUUUAGUACAUGAGCUACGACAGAUAGCUCCUUAAACAUAGAUUUGUUUGUUUCUUGAUUUUAUAACUCAACUGUUUUUAAUUUAAAAAUUACUUUCUUUUGUUUUCCUUUGAGUUUGAUUUCAGCUCCUGUUUUAUUUGUUCAUGCUCAUAUGUUUGCUACAAAACUUUGAUGCUAGGCUUAUAUCUUGUAAAGAAGUUUGACUUAAAUGGUAAUAUGUAUUAAACUUAAAUGUCAUUAUAUAUAUAUAAUAUCAGAAGCCUUAAGAUUUAACGAAGACGUAUCAAGACACUAGUGACAGAGAGUGCUGUUUAUGUCACCCAUGUUACAUGUGACAGAGAGUGCUGUUUAUGUCACCCAUGUUACAUGUGACAGAGAGUGCUGUUUAUGUCACCCAUGUUACUUGUGACAGAGAUAUGUCACCCAUGUUACUAGUGACAGAGAGUGCUGUUUAUGUCACCCAUGUUACUAGUGACAGAGAGUGCUGUUUAUGUCAUCCAUGUUACUAGUGACAGAGAGUGCUGUUUAUGUCACCCAUGUUACUUGUGACAGAGAGUGCUGUUUAUGUCACCCAUGUUACAUGUGACAGAGUGCUGUUUAUGUCACCGAUGUUACAGUGACAGAGAGUGCUGUUUAUGUCACCCAUGUUACUAGUGACAGAGAGUGCUGUUUAUGUCACCAUGUUACACGUGACAGAGAGUGCUGUUUAUGUCACCCAUGUUACACGUGACAGAGAGUGCUGUUUAUGUCACCCAUGUUACACGUGACAGAGAGUGCUGUUUAUGUCACCCAUGUUACUUGUGACAGAGAGUGCUGUUUAUGUCAUCCAUGUUACUAGUGACAGAGAGUGCUGUUUCUGUCUCCUAGGGAUUACUGGGAAACCUGUAUUCACUUAACUCUUGAGUCAAGAGUCAUAUGCUAAUUGAAAUUGUAAGUGUUGUUUGUAUUAGAUAUGUAACUAAUGUUCUGUAUUCCUUAAAGUGUUUUAGGCCUGUAUUAACUUGAAUUUGUUUUUAUGAAUUGUGACUUGUCUCCCAGAAUCUGAAAGUGUUAGAUUAUGAAGAAACGGUAACAUAGUGAUCACAUCACUUACUACUGAAAUUUGAAGUUUAUCUGGAACUAUUAAAUGUGUAUGUGCCAGGACCAAGAUGUUGUUUAGUAAGUGAGAUGAUAUUGGACUACAACAGUAACGUAACAGAGCACUUGAAAUGAUUUUUACUUCUAUUAAAACCUUACGUUAAAAUUCAACAAAUAGGUGGCAGCUAAGGAAGAUGAAAUGUGAUGUUGUAUUAGUUGACGUUAAAUUAUAUUUUCAAAACAUUCUCAAACUAAGAGACAUUUGAUGUAUUUUAACUAUUAGCCAAUGAAAUCAAAAUGAAGAUGAAAAAUGCUCAUUAAAAUUGUGAUUGGUUUAUCGAACUAGCUAACUAUUGCAAACUUGCAUUAUUUUUGGAAUAAAUUUGAUAAAAGACAUUGUAUUAAAUGGUAUUGUCACUUGUUAGUGGUGAUGGUCUGUGUGCCGUAUCAAUAAGAAAAUGAAUUGAUGUUUAUUGGAAAGUGUCACUUAAUGUACAGAGAUUUACUAAGUAUAGAAAAUGAAUUAUAAACCUUACAUUAUUCAUAUUUUUUUUUUGCUCUUAUAGAGAAAGAAUAUUUAACUGAAUAUGUUCGCUCCUGUGUUUAUAUAGCAAGGCUAAGUGCAAACUAGAGUGUGAGACUGGAUCCAAGAUUCCUUGAUUCACAUCCAGUUAAUGGUGAAAAAAAUUGCAUUCUGCACUUUGUGGCUGUGGGUGCAUUAUAAGAGUGAUAGUCAAAUCCCACUAUUUGAUUAGAGUAGCCCAUGAAUUGGCAGUGGGUGAUGUUGAAUAGUUGUUUUCCCUCGAGUCUUAUAACUUCAAAAUUAGGGAUGGAUAGCAAUAUUCCGUUAGUAACUCUGUGCAAAAUUCAAGAAACAAAUAAUUUUCAUAUCAUCUCCAAUCUUUUAACGAUGUGUCUAUGCAUUCUUGAAUUAUUCUUUUAUAUAUAAUUUCUAUUUUCUCAAACGUACUUAUUAUACAAUAAUGCUUAUUUUCACAGAUGUUUUAACUAAGUCGCAGCUAUGCAGUUUUGGAGCAUUAUAGUUAAACUUCAUAAACUACAGGAAAGGUUCAUUAUGCAUCAACGCAAACUAGAACUUGCAUAAUCCAGAAGCAAGGUACAUAAAAACAAUAAAUACGUAAUUAUUUAUUCAGUACACAAUAUUUGUUGUUCUUUUCUUCAUUAACCGUUCUAUCUCUAGUGUCCGUCUGCUUGAUCUAUACUGCUGCUCGACAUUAGCUGUCCUAUCUCCAGUGUCUGUCCUAUUUUUACUGUCCGUCUGCCUCAUCCAUGCUGCUGCCUGACAUUAACUGUCCUAUCUCUAGUGUCCGUCUGCCCGAUUCAUGCUGCUG